GGUCACCGCCACCCGCGAGACAGUCACGCGUUGCGCCUCGUUUCGUGUUGGCUUCGCGAAACGCUGUCGCGCCGCAAACGUUACGAACAACGACAACGAAAACAAAAACAACGAUACAAUAUCCGUAGUCGUAUUAUUAUUUCAACUGUCAUACAGCGUUGUAUUUGAUGCCAAGACAAUGCCAUAAUUCGCACAGUAUAUAUUAAUAUUAUUAUAUGGCAUUAUUGCGCCCCGGCGGCGCCAGCACCGUGCCGAGACGUCAUCGUAAUAAUUACACAUAGAUGAUAUUUGUUUCUAAGAGUACUAACUAUCGACUUAACAAGCAUAUGGUAUAGCUGUCAAACAAAUUCGUUGUAGCCAAGUACGGGAAGUGGGAAUGACGAAGCUGUUUUGAAAUGAAGGGUUCCAGUAUCAAUAGACCUCAAGUACCGUUACUAUCACCCAUCGAAUAUGACAUUGAAGACGAUCAUCAAAAUAAUGCGUCUUCAGGAGAGGGGGGAUUUAAUCCUCUCUGCGAUAAGAGCUCUGAAGACAUGUUACAAAGACAGAAACAAGACGUGUUAAGUUCAUCAAAAAUAUUUAUCCCGUUAAACACUCCACGUUGCAGUCUCGGUUCUUCUGCAUCUACAGACCAUCUUGGUUUUGAAAGUCAAUUACUGGAAGUGGCUAUUCGUACAAACGAUGUUUCAAAAGUUAAACACUUCUUAAUGAUACAUCGGGAUAAAUUUCAGAUAAAUUCAAAACCACCAGAAAAGAAUUUUAAUUUUAACUUACAAAACCAGGACAUAAGUAUAAAUUCACAACCGACCAAAAUUCAAACAGUCAGAUCUGAUCAAAAUGAUUCGUCACGCAGUUCUUUGUCAUUAGACGAUCAAACAUUGUUACCGUUCAAAAACGCAUUGCACACGGCCAUUGACUAUGGGUCGUUGGAUGUGGUGCGAACGUUGCUCGAGAAUGGGAUAGAUCCUAAUGCCGGUGGCCACGUAUUGACUGAUUUAGACGUGCCCCGACGUUCUCCGUCUGGCUCGUCCGGACCAAGCGAACGAUGUAACGUUAAGCCAGCCUCGAUUCAAUGUGAAAUCGACGAGAACACUGGAUUCGAUAUACACGAUAUUUAUCAUUACGAUACAGAAAUCAGAUCGGUGAUCGAUGACGUGCGGCCAGACGAAGACGUAGCGAUCGCGAUCGGGCCGACUACGUCAGUGGCGUCGUCGCCGUCGCAAUAUCCGGUAACCGCACCGGCGUUGACACCGUCGCCAAAGCCGGCGGCGGCAAUGGUGGUGGCGGUUGCCGAGCGUAGCGCCAACCGGUCGGUGCUGAUGCGACAACGUUCGCUGUCGCUGGACAACGAUAAACCGACGAAGAAGAACCGGCCAUUGUUGCAAAAGCUCCGGGCCGGCUGCAGCAAGCUGGUCCGGUCCACGCCAUCGGACAUGUGUGACUGCGAACCCGAACAACCGCAACAGGCACGGCCGGCGACCAGCCACGCGGCCGGCAUCACGGGCAUCGCGUGUGUGGCGGGUGGUUGCGCUGCGGCCGGAUUCGUACCGAAGGGUCCGGCGGGCGCGGCCGGUUUCGCGGGAGCCGCGCCCGUCGAGUUCAAGGGCAUCAUGAGCGAGCUGCGCCGGAGCAGUGACGUGGUCCGUGCCAUACUCUGGAACCUGUCGUUCCGGGACACGUACAGUAGCGGCAACGUUAGCGACAUGGACAGCAGCACCGAACUGGACGUGGACACGCUGUUUGACCGACACGAGCAACGCCGGUACGCGGACUACGAGUUGGAGAACGGUGGCCACCUGCUUCUGCUCGAUUCGCUGUCGUCACUUCAGUCGUUCCAGUCGCUGUCGUCCACUGGAUCCCCGACGGUGCCGGCCGCGAUGUCCGGCGGCUCGGUGGCCUCGGUGCCGAUGGCCGCCGAUUGCCCGGCCACCGUGCCUGUGGUCGUUUUUGAUCACGCACCGGUCGCCGUGUGUCAAGUGAAACCGUUGCAGUCUUCGCGACCUUCGCCGCAAUCACAGCCACUGAUACUGCCGUCCACGACACCGCCACCAUCGACGUCUCCGCCACCAAUAAUAUUGCCGGACACCGUGUCACAGCCUAGCGCCGAUACAGACGAUGUCCUAACGGUCGUCCCUAAAAUAAUCUUCAAGAUCAAGAGUUCGCUAUCGCUGGACCGCAUGAACGAAAUGGCUGACAUGUACACCAAGCAGUACCUGAUGACUCUACCACCGCUGUUCUUGGCCGUGGUCCGCCAAAAUCCCACCAUGAUUUAUUUACUACUCAAAUUCGGCGGAUCUCCAAAUGUCCAGGAUAUAUAUGGAAAUACACCUCUUCAUUUAGCCAUCGUUCAACCAGAGAUAUCAUGGAAUUGCGUGUUGGAUCUUCUUGAGUUUGGUGCAAAAAUUUGCAUUAAAAAUGCUACAGAUAUUUGCCCGUCAGAUAUAGUGGACUCAUUAUUGCGUAUACAAGUCCAUAUGAUUAAUGACUGCUGGAAGAUUUUGUCUGGAUCAACAGCUGUUAUUAAAGAACGGAUGUGGCACCACAAUUUUAUAAACUAUGAUCAAGUAGGUAAACCAUCAGAUUUACCAACAUUGCCUUCAAGAUUAUUUCGGAGGAUGAAAUUUACACAAACCGAUAGCGCAGAAGAACGUCACAGUAGCAAUUUGGAUGAUUUUUUUGGGUCGAUUUGGUCACUCAAAAGCAAAGUCAGCAACAAAACUCUGGAAACGGAUGAAGUGCGUAAUCAUGCUUUAUCACAAAGUAUCAAAACAAAAAACGAAAAGAGAACUAUUAUCAACGAUUACGGUAUAAAACACAAAAAUUCAAAAGCACUCAAGUUAUACAAUAUAGAAAGAAAGUUUCAAGUGAUUUCUUAUCUUUCUGGCAACGUAGAAUGCUUGGGUUUCAUUUUGCACGGUCUGAACAAUUACAUUGUGCAUAUAUUGAAAUAUUUAGAAGCCAAUCAUGAUCUGUCACUUCGUCAUAUAUGCACUCUUUUAAAGACAAUUUUGAACGUUGCGGUUAUGGAAUUUGGAGAGCAAGGGAAAAAGGAAGAAUUGAGUGUGAUCCUUUGUUCAGUAAUGAAAGUGUGUUUAAGUGCACUGCAAGGGAUUCACCAUGUCCAGUUUACAGCAAUGGCGAUAAUCAAUAGAGUUAUCGAUAUUUCCGUACAAUACAACGUGUCUUUUAUUAAAGCUGCUGAAUCUGAUUAUUUACACCAUCCGCACUACGUAUCAGAGAUGAAUAAGUAUAAAUCGAGUAAAGACGAUUCGAGUAUUGGUGAUGAUAGAACUAAACCGGGUGGUCCCAAUAAGAAAUUCACAUCUAUGUGGCGUUAUUUCAUCGGAGAUCAGGCAUUCAACAAUAAAACUGGAAAUUCUAAAACGAAUAAGAAUACCAGCGAAAGCGUGAUUGGAAUUUUAUCCAAUGUGCACGUCUUAUCGAUUAUCAACGUAUUGCACAAUUCUCUAACUCUAUACAAAAGAGUGAUCGGGAGUAAACGUUUGUGUCCUCCGAGCCAUAGAUCCAGUCAAUGCAGUUAUCAUUGCUUGCAGAUAUUGAGCGCUCGAACAUUGCUAUUCAUGUCACUAAAUGAUGAUGUAAAAAGUGAGCUCGUGAAAGAACCACAACUGAAAAUAUUGGCUGCCUCGUUGGAAUCAACCAACGAUCCGCAAUUGCUCGUGUUGGUGUUGCAAAUUGUAGCAUCCAUUGCACUGAACACCAAACAUCACCGAGAGCUAAUAGAUCGUGAAAUUCCAAACGUUUUGAAUCAAUUACUACUACCAUCUGAUGAAUGGUAUUAUACGAACCAUAGUGACAAAUACGGCCGCUACGUGAAACAUCAUGCGGCCAAAGUAUUGGUUUACUUAGGAUUUUCAUACAGAAUCAAUAUUUCAAUUUUUGACAUGUAUCAAGAUAUACAACCAAAUCCACCAAUAACGAAAACAUACGAAGACAACUACAUUUCUGUGACGUCCUUAACUCCUAGUUUUGUAUUGAACUCAGAUCAAUCUAAGUUAUUGGGUGUAUCAAUAGAAACUGCAAUUAUCAACGUGUUGAAAGAGAUAGAGCAAUCAUUGAAUCAGUCUGCUACACCAUCUGAAGUUUUCACUUUGCAUUGGGCACUGAAUGGAAAAUCGUAUAGUCUCCUACAAAAUAAUGAUCAACGGACGAUCGAAAAGAAGUAUCCAACAGAUGUACGUUCAUCACUGUUUGUGCAGACUUUCGUGGCAUGCGCCGCCAGUACCGUGGACCCCGUGAUCUUGGUCCGGUUGCUCGCUAAUCGCCUGGUCACUACGCCACUUUACCCUCGAAAUAGCUCAAGCAUAACAUCGAUGUCAGGACAAGAUCCGUUUCCGCCAAGGACUACGAGGAGUCGAGCCUCGUCCACGGACACAAAUGCCAGCACCCGAAGGAAACGGUUCAAUUUAAGUCUAGAUACUACAAAGUGUUAUGGAUAUGAUCCAGUUGAUGGAAUCUCCUCAAAAGGAAAAUCAAAAUCGGUAGGCAUGCAUACUCGCCGCCGUCGAAGCAGUACCAGCAGUGCAGGUGGUUUUGGUAUUGAACCAGCACUACAAGCUACUUUCAAUGCGUUUUCAAAUAUAAUCAAACAUGACAUAUUUAAAGAUAACACAAUGAGUCCAGAUAUAGACACAGAUGAAUAUAGAAAUUCUAGCGUUUCAUUGACUUCGACAAAAGCACUACCUGGAGUACUCAACUUACAAUUUCCUCCGAGAAAUCGCCCAUCUUUAAGAUCAGCCAAUGUUCGUAAUAUCACCAAUGAACGAUCUAAAUCACAAGCAAACAUAACAAAGGUAAGAGGAGACUCUUACCAACAGACACCAGAACAAGAAAUUUUAGCCUUUCAAAAACAAUUACAAAAUUUACCUGAUUUGGAUUCUCCAAGUCAUGUAUUUUCAAGACGUUUACCAUUAGAUUCUACAUUUGCAACAGCAACUGCAGAAUUUGUACCAAUUACAAGACCAAGAUCUAGAUCUAUGCCUCGUGUUGCUUACGAAUCAAACCGCUAUUUGACAUUGCCAGACUCAUUUCCAUUCACUUGUCGUUUACCAAGAGGUCGUUCAGCUGGAACUUUGGGAUUUCAGACCGAGUAUCAUGGACCAUGUGGCCCAAUGGUCAUAUCCAACCAAGCAUCGUCGGUGUAUAACAGCUAUCCGGUAAACAGUAACGACACAAGUAAUAAUGCGGCGUGCAGUGGCAGCAUUGCAGGAGGUGUAAGUGGCACUGGUGCCUUAUCUUCAGGAUCGGGUAACACAUAUAACAGUAGAAGAAGCUCGUACUCUCCCAGUGACAGAUCCAGAGGAAGAGAUAGCAUAGCAUUUACACAUGGUGGCGAAACACAAAUUGCAAUUACGCCUUGGCACAGGAGCAUACUCAUUUUGUUCGAGACUUGGUUACGAACUUCAAAAACUGAACUAAAUGAUCAACAUGCAUUGUGUGUGGAAAUGAGAGAAUUUAUGCGUAUUGUUAAUCACAUUGGGGGAGAAUAUUCGCAAUGGUAUAUUGAGAUGGUUACUGAAUUCAAAGAACUUUCUAUUGAAAUUGAAUUUAAAGAUGGGGAUGCAGCCAUGGAAACAAAUAAGGAAUACUCAAAGUUACAGAGCGCUGUGAUCGCAGGCACGUUGCAGUGCAGCAGCGACGAGGCGAUUGGGCUGGCCGGUUUGCAGUUCCGCAUCGAGAAAAUGUCGGAGCGCCGGAACCAGACUCCGGACAGCCUGACCGCAAACAGCCCGGACUCGCUGUUAGACGGCGGUGGACCGUGCACCACGCUGCAGCCGAUAUCCGAGGACAAGGAGCACCACUGGCCGCUGGACGUGCCAGCCGUGGUGACGCCGUCACCGGUGCUCCAGCCGCAGUUCAAUAUGUUUAGCGCGGCUACGGUUACUAGCCCGACUGUCACCGAUGAACCGUCCGUCGGCAAGAUCCGCAACUUCUUCUUGCGCUCGUGCCAAUACCUAUGCUUCGGCCGCCGUCGCCAAAAGGACGUUCAACCGGUGCGCGACCCGUUCGGUAUCUUGCAUAAGGUGCACAUGUACGUGCCACCGGACUACCGGAAGCCCAAGAACACGGCGAAACUUAUCAAGGAAUUGAAAAAGAUUGUUGCUCAUACACUUUUAAAUGAUUCAGAAUUGCAAUUAAAACGUAUUUAUGUAGAGAGAUGUAAACGUUUGCCGGCGUUCGGUUGUAACUUUUACUUCGUCAAAGAAGUUCAACGUGGUAAAACAAAAACAAAGGCUGCACGUUUGCUUGGGUUGAGUUUUGAUAAAAUCAUUUUACUUGACAAUAAAACAAAAAUUUUAUCAAAGUGUCAAAAUACACAAGAUUUACUCCAGUGGCAAACAGUAUUCCGACGAAAUCGAAACAAGGUGUCACUUGAAUUUCGUAACUCUAAAUGGACAUUGGCUACACCAACUGAGCGAUCAUUACGUGACAUUGGUUUUGUUCUUUUAAAAAUUCUACAGGAGAUCGACAGCAAUUUCUUAGAGCUGCAUUCUGUAAUUGCACCAAAUCAAACUACUAAACCAUUAGAAUUCAGAGAGAUAAACCUGGACGACACUUUUGCAUCAGAAUUAGACUCGCUGCGGCGAAUAUUACAUUUCCCCGAAGAAGUGGCAAUACUUUUAAGUGAUAGAGAAAACGAUUUGUUUUACGACGUUCCACCACUUGAUUUUUUGCGGCAAGUCACUUUAGAUCAAGACGGAGCAAACGCAUGUAACACUUCUGUCAAAAAGCUCAUAGAAAGGUUUAAUGCAGUAAGCUCAUGGACUACGCAUCUUAUAAUUACUCGACCUACACACGAAGAUCGAAAAGCUAUAUUAUCGUGUCUUUUGAGAGUGGCCAAAGAAUGUUGGAACAUUGGAAAUUUCAAUGGAGCUAUGGAAAUUAUAGCUGGACUCAAAUCCGAAAAAAUAAGGCCAUUCAUGCAGACAGUAUUGGAAAAGGAAAAGGUGCCGUUAUUUUAUUAUCUGACCGAUACUCUGUUGUCAACAUCGCAAUACGACAACGUUCUACAGAAAGCGCUGGCUAUGCCCGACUGUCCAGUUGUACCAUUUUUUGGGUCUUUUAUGCGUGAAAUGAGGAAAAUAAUGAAAGAGACGCCCAGUGCUAUUGUACUAUCUGAUCAAGACGGCAAGGUUUUAAGCGAGACUUUGGCAGAACACGAAUACUUGGAUGGAUAUACUACUUCUCUUGGAUUAGAUGGAAUUGUUAAUAUGGAAAAAAUCUAUAAAGUACAAUCGGUAUUGGAAGAAUUAUCAGAUUAUCAUCGACAUUAUUUUGAAAGAAAAACAUACGAAGCAAAGUUGCAUUUAUUAAACAAUGGUGAAUCACAAGAUAAUUGUGAAGGAGAGUUGUCUCAAAAAUACGAUCCUGUACAAUCAUUAGCCUACGAUCACGGUGUUUCAUUAAUACCACUUGCAAUAUCUCCCAACUCUAUUGAUUUUACAAUCGGUCAUCAUGAAUUACAGAUAAUGCAUCAUGGGACUACUGUUGUUCAUUGGGCGGCUGAAAUGGGUAGUAACAGAUCCGCUCGAAUUUUCAUGCGUCUCGAGAGAAACUGUUCAACAUUAACUUGGGAAAAAACGUCGUGGAGCGCACUGAAAAGAAGUUCUGGUACACCAGAUUAUUGUUUGAAAACCGACCCUGAAGAUAGUUUACCUAAAGCGCUACGAAACAGAUCGUCAGUUAACUGUCCAUCAAUUAUGGGUCUCCAGGAAGGAUACUUGGAGUUGUCGACUGUCAGAGACAUAUUUAUUGGUGGUGCAGUUGGAAGAGAUCGAGUAAAAGCUGAUGGAGCUGCAAUAUUAAGAAAAUAUAGUUUGAACAAUUAUUCGAUAUCAGAAUGUUGUUUAGGGCUAGUUUAUGGAACUAAUACAAGCGAAAAUCGCAUAUUCUAUAUACUAGCUCCUCCAAGAUUACUUAGCAUUUGGCACCAUGGACUUAAGACUGUGAUUCAGAAACUUCGAAAUGUUAUACAAACGGUAGAUAAACGUUCAAUAUGGCUAAAGAACAACUAUGUACAUCAAUACAUUAUUUCGUCUGGUCGUGGGCCAAUGACAGCCGAUGCAAUACGUUUAUUUGGAGGAAGAGAUUGGUCAACAACUGGUAAUGCGGCCAACAAUCAAUCGCCAGAGACAAGCAUUGCUAAACGAGCUGCUUCGAUGAGAUUUCGAAAGAAGAAAUCAGUAGUUAGUGUAUCUAACGAUGGACUUCUCAAACCUUACGAUGUCAACGACGUGUUCAACAAAUCUAGAGUAGAUUUGGCUAGUAGUGGUUGUAAUUCACCAUCUACAUUAUGUAGCCAAACAGAAGAUGAUAAGAAACGAGACAGCAUCGACAAAAAUAUCGUUUCUGAGCCAUCUACGUCCGCAGAUAAGACACCUCCUAAAAUUAUAGAGCCAACUCAAAGUGAUAUUAAUAAUACACCAAUGACGCCAAAUAAUUCACAAUUAGAUUUUGAAGAUUUUUGUGCUUUGUUUGAUAGUUUUAGUUUGAGAAUGCGUAAAGAUCUUCGUGAUAUUUUCGACCAAGUACGAGCAGCAAAUCAUAAAUCCGAAUAUAAAAAAUCUGAAAAAUCUGAGGAUAUCACCGUACAAAAUAAUACAACUUUAUCUAUUCCAAGAACUAUAUCCGAACAAACUCAAAGUUCAAGCUCAACUAAUAGAAACAUUGGAAAUAACUUUGUCCAACCAAUUGAUGCAAAAAUUCAAAAAAAACGUAUAUUUGAUGCUAUUGCAGCGUCUAGUAUAAUUUCUAAUUGUACUGGUGUAGAGACAUCACAGUCUGCAGCUACAUGGUCAAUAAAUGAUUUAAUUAAUUUCUUAGAAAACAGACAAAUGAUUACUUGUACAGAGGAUGAUGCUAAAAUAUUGAUUCAGAUCCACGAGCCAAACCCAGAAAUUAGUGCUCGUAAUUGUCUUUCCUUCGAAGGAUUUGCUAAGUAUAUGAUGUUAAGGAACAAAAGCGUGUUCAGUGAACCAGAUUUUGCAAUCGAAAAAUCUGAUAUGAACUUUCCAUUAUCUUGUUAUUAUAUUGCUUCAUCACAUAAUACGUACCUUACUGGCCACCAGUUAAAAGGCGACUCUUCUAUUGAUCUAUACAGUCGGGUAUUGUUAGCUGGUUGUCGAUGUGUUGAGUUGGACUGUUGGGAUGGCGACGAUGGUAAUCCAUUAAUCUAUCAUGGGCAUACUUUUACAUCAAAAAUACCAUUUCUUGGAGCUGUAGAUUCAAUUAAUCGUUUUGCAUUCGUAGCAUCACCAUAUCCUGUCAUAUUAUCUAUUGAAAACCAUUGUUCACUGGUCCAACAAGCUCGCAUGGCAGAAAUAUUUGAGUCCGUUUUUGGUGAAAAAUUGGUGAAGGGCUUUAUGUUUGACUCUGAUUAUGAACCUCAGCUACCAUCGCCAAGUCAAUUAAAAUACAAAAUUUUGAUAAAAAAUAAAAAGAUUGCCCCUCUGGAAAGUGAAAAGAAUCGAAUGAAAAAUAAUAAUAGUAGCACAAAAAGUUCACAAAUUGUAUCUUCACUCGCCAGCAAUCAUUCUAAUGUCACACUUUCCGUGGGUAACAAUGCUAACGUUGGUCCUUCAGCAUCCAUCAAGAAUCCUAUUGUUGAAUCUUCAGUGGUAAUCAAUGAUCCAACCGUCGAAACUUCAUUGGACAUCAAUCAGUCUAAUGUCGAACCUUCAAUGACCAGCAACCAAACUAAUAUAGUAACUUCAGUUCUCAAUAAUAAUCCUAAUGUAGUGCCUUCAGUGGUAAGCAGCCAUCCUAAUGUUGGGCCUCAUAGAAGUAGUUCAGCCAGUGCUGGUACUACGACCAAUGAUGAUAUUGCUACCACCAUCGAGGAAGAAGAAGAAUAUGAAGAGGAUGAUGAAGAAUAUGAUGAUAGCGAUGAAUUGGAAUUUAAAAAAGUUGGAACUGAUAAGUUUGGUAGAGGUCGCCAUAGGUUCGGUUCAAAGUCAAAUGAUAAAUGUGCAGAUGAUGAAAAGUUUAAGAAACAUAAUAGUCAGAUUGCAAAAGAACUAUCUGACAUAGUCAUCUAUACCCAGGCGAUAAAAUUUCGUGGUUUAAAUACGAGAAGUCCGAGCAGUUCAGUGAAAAAUAAACGAAAAUGUAAUGGUAGUCUUUGCGGCCAUAAUGGCAAUGUGGUUAGUACAUCUUCCACUGGAGCUACAUCAACAGAGCACUAUCAUAGUCGUGGUUCUACAACGAUAAAUCCGCAUCAUCCAUGCUACAAGUGUUCUUCUUUAAGUGAAAAUUCCGCAAAAAAGUUAGUAAAAAAACGCCCAUUGGAUUUAAUUGCACACGCUGAGACGCAAUUAGUACGAGUGUAUCCAGCUAGCAUGAGAAUAGAUUCAUCCAACUUCAAUCCAUUAAAUUUUUGGUCAUAUGGUGUACAGAUGGCGGCACUAAACUAUCAGUCUGAGGAAGCUACGGCUUCACAUGUCAAUGCAGCCAUGUUUGAACAGAAUGGUCAUAGUGGUUAUGUGCUAAAACCGCGAGUAAUGCACGAUCCAUCUCACAAAUCAUAUCGCCAAUUCAACCCAAUGGAAAAAAGUUUUGAUGGUUUGAAUCCUAUAUGUUUUUCCAUAAGCAUUGUCUCUGGUCAGUACUUAUCGCCUAAUGGGGGAACUCGAGCUAACGUAUACGUCGAAAUCGAAAUAAUUGGCAUACCAUCCGACAGCGUAAAGAAAAAAUCUAAAACUAUUUUUUGUAACUCAAUGAACCCGGUGUGGGACGAAACAUUUACGUAUAACGUGCUGUUCAAAGAAUUAGCAUUUGUACGAUUUCUCAUAAUAGAUGCCAGUACCAAUCAUCCGUUAGCGCAGCGCGUAGUACCGCUCAAGAGCAUGCUGUACGGCUAUAGACACAUUGAUAUGCAUAACAUGCGUAACCGACCACUACCACUUACCGCAUUAUUUGUAUAUACUCUUAGCAAAGAAGAAGUACCAAGAUCUAUUGAUGAUGAAAAGACAUCUUCAACUACAGCACCAACGGCGGAUAAUGGAGCAAUGAAAAACAGUGGUCUAUCAACGCACCGUAAAAAAUUCUAUGUUAUGGUUUUUGGUGUAUUCUCUGAAAACUCAUACAUCAUGUUUAAAGUCACCCAGGAUAGUACUGCAACUGACUUAAUUAAAUUAGCAUUAGACAGACGUAAUGAGGGCGUCGAAGAAAUGAAAACGUACGUGCUCCUGGAGGAAGUUGGCUUGACUUGGGAAGUGUCAAAUAACAGUGAUGAUAUGGGGAACAAUAGUAACGUCGUCACUGAUGGCGGUAAUGAUGAUGGUAAUUAUAAUAAUAACUCUAAAAAGAAGAAAAAGAAAAAGAAAAAGAAGAAAAAAAAGAAAAAAACCAAGCGUAGGCGAAUUGGAUGGAAAAAUGGCGAUGCACCUAUGAUACAACGUGUAUUGGAUUAUAAUGAAAAACUGUUGGAGGCGCAAUCACGCUGGCGGGGCGAUGGAUACUUUGUACUUAAGAAAAUCGGAGACGACCCGAGCAGCAGAGCAUGGCUCAUAUCAUUGCAAUCUAAGGACUCAGGAAAUGGUCAAUCAGAAUCAUCGUGGGAUGAAAUACAUACGUUCUUAGUAUGUAUUUAUAAUGUUUCCGAAGAAAGACCAUACGUUAUUCUUAAGGUACCAACAGGGUCAACUGUACAGGAUAUUUUAGCUCAGAUUUUAGUCAAAGCCAGGCGUAUGGAAAAUCCAAUUUUAUUCAUAUUGGUUGAGGAACAAGUGUGGGGCAGAACUGAUAUAAGAUAUAGGGUAUUGGACGAUGAUGAGGUAGUAUACAACACACAAAACCAGUGGUCCAGAGUGGGUAGGUUUGUGCUAGAGGAUCGUUGCAGUGAUGAAGAUAAAUCAGCUGAUGGACUGGUUGCUAAGACAUCGCAAGCAUUGCAAACAUUUUUAAGGGUAAUGAGGAUCCAAAAGGGUAUGGCUGCAGUAGGUCGUGGUUGGAGAGCUUGUGGUUUACCAACGUUGCCCGGCCACUGUCUACGGCAUCCGGAAAAUGACAGGGAAUACGUCAUUAAAGAAGCGGCUCGUGCUCACAGAAAAAUGCUAGCAAAACACGAGAAAAUGUGGCGGGCAAACUUAGAAAAAGGUGGUAGUGGUGACGGUGGUGGUGGUCUAGAACGUGGUUGUGAUGAUGACGGUAGUGGUGGCGAAGAUGCUGAAGAAAGUACAUACACAGGGUUUUUAAAAUCACCAGCCCAGUUAUUCGGUUUUUUGAAAUCCUGACACAUGUUGUGUUGCUUUCGAAGAGCACGUAAUAGACACGAUAUUGGCACUAUGGUAUGAACGAAAUAAAGUUUUUUUUGAAUCUAAACAGAAUUUCUGAAAAUGGAAUUAUGGAAUGUCCGCUUAACCCCGUGUUCCCAUCCUGUAUUUAAUCAAAAUCAUUUAUCCUCCGAUACUCCAAUCCGCUCGGUGUUCUUCAUUUCUCUUCACAGGGAACCGUAACAUUUUCAGGGUGUAAGUAAAUAAGUCAUUAAUACUUAUAUUUUGAGACGAAUGAUGUAUAUAUAUUUAUAUAUAUACAUUUCUAUCUUUAUUUUUUUGAGAAUUUGUGUUUUAACUGAUAUUUGGUAUUUUUAUCUUCUGAUCAAUACACAUUAUUCUCUUUACAGCUAAUUAACUACUUUAAAACUAGCCAAAAUCCUGAAUUAUUUUAUUUUAUUGAUUUUGUUCAAUUAAUGAUCAAAGUACAACUUGAUGAAAUUAAUAAAUGUUAUUUCAAAAAUAUAUUAUGAUUUCAUUAUGCCAAUUAUUUUCUAUUUAUACCUUAUUAAUUAUUUUUUGUAUUAUAUUUGAGCUAAAAAUUCCAAAGCUAGAGGUUAGUUGUUAGUAUUAAAGGUUGUUGGGACAUCCAAUUAUUAGUGUUUUUUUUCGUAUAAUUAUUAAUACAACUGUUUUAAAAAAACCAAUUAGUUAUUGGACAGUUUUAUUAUAAGUUAUGUGUGUAAGAAUUUAUUUAAAAUUCCUAGUUAAGACCGUUGAAAAUCUAGUCAUUUUAUCGAUGCAAUUAUUUUAAGUACAUAUAUCCAACAUCGUCUCAAUGUAUUGUUCGUAUGUGUUACUAAUAUUUUUUUGUAAUUUUCUCAAUAAAAUGUGAAAAUCUCUACUACAGUAUUUCAAAUUACAUAAAUUAUUAUUACCUAAUAUAAUUAUUAUUCAUUUUAUUCAUAAUAAUAUAAUUAGUAUUACUAUUAUAAUUAGUUAUUAUCAUUACAUUUAUUAUUAUUUAUU